AUGAAGAUGAUGAUGUUGAAGCGGUCCUUAUCAAGCACCGUUGUGUUGUUUUCGCUUGUAGUUGUCUUGUUGGCAUCUUCCACCAAUGGCUUCCGCCAUGGUCGCUCCCUGCAACCGGUAUUGACGCCCAGCCUGAAUGUAGAAAGGAGUCUUUCGUCGUCGAAAUCCAGCACCAGCUGGCCAGCGAGAAAACUGCCGCCUCAGAGCACCGCCCAAACAGCUUGUCUGAAUCUGCGAGGAGGCAGUGUUUCUGGGAUCUUGACUGUCUUGGUGAAGACCGCCAUUCAGAAUCCGGUCCUGGUUUUGCUCAUGCUCUCUUCUACCUUGGUAUCCGUUUACAAAGAGCAGGUCCCAUACCCAAAACAGAUACAAUCCUUUAUUCAGAUGUGUAUUGUCGGCUAUGUCUUCUACUUGCUGGUUCAAUGGCAGAAAAUGCAGCAAGAUGCAGCCGAAGAAUCAUAG